AUGCAGUACUUCAUCUGGGAUGACAUCUUCGAUUGCGGCGCCUUGAAAUACAAUUCUGAGGGCGCAAAAUGCUACCGGCGAGCAAGCAUAAAAUAUUUUGAACACCAACUCCUAGACAGAGACCCGCCUGACCUGUCCCCGUUUACGCUUGAAUUGCAGAAAGCUUUACUAUGCUGGGAUGAAGUAGGUUCACACAUCCGUGAAGCUUGUUCAGAAGAAACUCGUGCGAUUCUUCUGGACCGCAUGGUUGAGUACGUUGCAAGCGUGGAUAAUGUCGACAGUCUGUACAAGAAUGGCACAAGGAUUCCUACCCUCCAGGAAUAUUGGGAGCGCCGAGAGUGUACGGCGGGUGUUUACCCGGUCAUUGCCACAAUCCCAUUCGCCUACGGCCUCAAUAUUACUAUAACCGACGUUGAGAAUCCUUACAUGAAGAAGCUGUGGAGACACACCUCUUAUCUGGUCCACAUAACAAAUGAUAUGUUCUCCAUGCGAAAAGAGAUUAAUGACAUGCAGAUCGAAAACCUCAUCCCGAUAUUGAUGCUAAAUAAAGGGAUCCAAUGCCACGACGCAAUGCAAGUGGGUUACGCAUUCGCAAUGGAAGAAGCCUCAAAGUUCCAACAGGUAGAGAACAUACUUUUACUACAGCCGGGUACAACCUCAGAGGUUAUUUCAGAUGCUUUUGUGAGGGGAUGCAAAGACGUCGUGAUGGGGCUCGUCCACUGGAGUUAUUCCGGCACACGAUACUUCCAAGAGACUGAGAUUGGUGAAGACCAUGUUAUUCGGUUCCAAAUUGAUAGUUCCCCAAGGGAUACCAAGGAAACAAAGUUGAAGGCGACCCGGUAG